GACGAAGUUGCUAAAGUGUUGGAUUCGGAAGAUCCAUCACGAUAUCGGAUCCCAUUGAGUGUCGGUGAAAUCGAAUGUAUUCGUGACAAUAAAGGCGAAAAUGCAGCUAAGAUUGACGUAAUCGUGAAUACGAAUUUCUUCACGAAUCGACUUCAAAAAAGUGAAUUCUUCCGGCAUCUUCUCCUGUUGGUCACUUCCGAGGCGAUCAAGAAGAAACACGCUAUAGAACUCAAUCCAAACUGA